AUGUCCAAGUCCAUGGGAUUGAACGUGGCCGGUGGCCUGUCGUCGCUACUAAAAGACGGCCACAAACACUUCGAAGGUGUCGAUGAGGCCGUGGCCAAGAACAUCGACGCCGUCAAGCAGCUCGCGGCCAUCACCCGGUCGUCGCUCGGUCCGAACGGCAUGAACAAGCUCGUGAUCAACCACUUGGAGCGCAUUUUCGUGACGAGCGACACAGCGACAAUCGUCAAGGAGCUAGAUGUGAUCCACCCAGCUGCUCGUAUGGUCGUCAUGGCUGCUAAAAUGCAGGAGAACGACUUUGGUGACGGCACUUGUCUCGUGGUGGCUCUGGCUGGCGAACUGCUGAUGGAAGCUGCGAGUCUUUUGCGCAUGGGACUUCACGCGAGUGAGAUUGUCACAGGGUAUCAGAAAGCGCACGACAAGUGUCAGGAGAUCCUGCAGCAGCUGCAAACAGUGGAGGUUAAGAACCCGCGCGAUUGUGAGGCGCUGCAAAAGGCGAUCAAGACGUCCCUGGCGUCCAAACAGUACGGAUACGAAGACUUGCUGGCCCAUCUUGUGGCUGAAGCGUGUUUGAACGUGAUGCCUGCAGCACCGAAGAAACCGUCGAUUAAUGUGGAUAAUAUCCGCGUGGCAAAGAUCAUGGGAGGCAACUUGCAUGACUCGACCGUUAUCCGUGGGUUGGUUAUUCAGCGUGACACGGAGGGGUUCGUGAAGAAAGUCUUGAAGGCCAAGGUUGCGGUGUAUGGCUGCGGUAUUGAGAUUUCGUCUACGGAGGCCAAGAGCACGGUGCUCAUCAAGGACGCGGACGAACUUAUGAACUACAACAAAGGAGAGGAGAAGCACCUGGAGGAAGCUGUCCGCGCUAUUAGCGAGUCUGGCGCUAUGGUCGUUGUUUCGGGUGGGAGUAUUAGCGAGAUGGCACUGCACUUUUUGGAGAAGUACAAUUUGAUGGCGAUCAAGAUUCAGUCGAAAUGGGAGUUGCGUCGUCUUUGCCGUGCUGUGAAUGCAAACGCGCUGGUGCGUCUCGGCGCCCCAACACCUGAUGAGAUGGGAUUCUGUGACAGCGUCAUGGUGAAGGAGAUCGGCGGCAAAAAGGUCACUGUGUUCCAGCAGGAUCAGGAAGAUGCGAAGAUUUCGACCAUUGUGCUGCGUGCUAGCACGGACAACGUGCUGAACGACAUUGAACGUGCCAUUGAUGAUGGUGUGAAUUGCGUGAAGUCUGUGUGUCGGGAUGGCCGAUUCGUGGCUGGUGCCGGCUCUACUGAGAUUGAGCUGUCUCGUCAGAUCAAGAGCUAUGGUGAAGCUACACCAGGUCUUGAUCAGUACGCCAUUAAGAAGUUCGGCGACGCGAUUGAGGUCGUGCCCCGGAUUCUUGCCGAGAACUCCGGCCAGAUGGCGACCGAGGUUAUCUCUAGCCUGUACGCUGCUCACGCGGCAGGCAAUGGCAGUGCUGGUGUGGAUGUGGACAAUGAGCAAAAGUCGCAUGUUAUUUCGGAUGCGCUAAACAAGGGUAUCUGGGACCAUCUCCAGACGAAAGUGUCUGCUAUUCGUCUUGGUGCUGAUGCUGCCAUCACGGUGUUACGUGUGGACCAGAUUAUCAUGGCAAAGGCGGCAGGGGGACCUAAGCCGCGAGGCAUGUAA